CGGCAGGCAGGCAGGCAGGCGAGGGGGUACCUGAUGCUCGUGCUUCGUUCCGCUUCAAACGGCGCGCGGGUGGACGAAGAAAGACAGGUAUACGAGCUCUCCAAUAGGGCAAUCAUAACAAUCAAUUCGUGACCGCAGCCAGUCAACCAUCAGUCAAGGGCUUGCUUCGCCGUACCACUAAUAUCGUGCAGAAAUAGAAAUGACGCUUCGGGAAAACUCCGCCGGCGGUCAUGAGAUACCGCCAAACCGGAAGUAUUCGGUUUCGCACUCUGGACGGUUCAAAUCGCGCCCGAAGAUAAGACCGUCGCUCAGUGGGGACGUCUUCCGACCGGAACCGCAGGUCAACACAGCAGGCGUCACCAGACCCGAAGAAACGCAACAGAAAGCACAGCCUACUGUUCAACGAACAACAACGAUUGAACAGGUGGACGUUGAUUCUGAAAACCCCCGUGCCCAGCAGAUGCAUCAGGCACAUCCACAUCAUCACGCUAGCCACAGUCAGAAGCACCACUCGACCAGGGAGAUUCUGGAAACGUCCUUGUGAGAGCUGUGAGAGGCGAAGCUUCGCGCAGAAGAUCGUGAUAAAUAUCGUAUGUAUUGUGCGCCUCAUGGCGAGAAGGUCGUAUCUCCCUGGCCAACUCUUCGACAACAAUGUGUUGAAGAGAAGGAACCGAAACAAACUGACUUAUCUGUGAUGUAAUGUAAAUAUGUAUAUAGAUUUGUGUACUUGCUUCCUCUGGCAAACAGUGUUGAUUAUUUGGGGCUUCAAAUCGGGGUUGUGGUUGUUAGGUUUUUCUUAAGGUACUUGUAAGCAUUUGACUAAUGUAUGAAUAUUUGUGUAAACAAUAACUACUGUGUUGAGUAAAUAAAGAUUGCAUAGUACAGCA